AUGACGUUGCGUGACUGGUACCAGUUUACAGAUUCUUUUGAAAAUACCGUUAGUUGUUGUCAGGCGCUCGGUUUAAUUCCAUUUAAACCAAGUGAGCCAUGCAACAAUGGACAUAAUAACUGGUGUAUCGGAACAUGUGGACGAGCAAUCGAUGGAUGUCGCUGGAUUUGUAAAGAAAGAAGUUGUAGGCUUACUCGUUCAAUCCGUGAUGGGACGUUUUUUUCGGGUUCCAAAUUGGAGAUGAGUCAGAUACUAGACCUGAUGCUGUUUUGGUCGCAAGGCGUCGAUUCCCACAAGUUUCUUCGUCGUCACUGUGGUUUCGCAAGUAACUCAACAAUUGUCGACUGGAAAAACUUUUUGUGUGACGUCUGCGCCGAACAUUUCUUGCGCAAUCCAGCUGUUAUUGGUGGCGUUGGGCAUAUCGUCGAAAUUGAUGAAAGUUCCUGGACGAAGCGGAAGUAUAAUCGUGGCCGGGCAAUUGGUAAUCAAUGGGUGUUCGGUGGCACGGAUCGUGAUACGGGUGAAUGUUUUGCUGUUACGGUUGAUCGUCGAGAUGCAACUACUCUUUUACCAAUAAUUCAACAAUACGUAAGACCUGGUACCACCGUAUACAGUGAUGAAUGGCGAGCAUAUUCAUCACUGUACAGCAACAUCAAUCAAUACAACCAUCUUACGGUGAAUCACUCGCUGCAUUUUGUCGAUCCAACCACA